CUGCGGUUCUAUCCUACCCUUGGUUCUCAGCCAUGAGUUGUGUACCGUGGAAAGGAGAUAAGGCAAAACACAGUGGUGAGUUUCAAGAACCUCUUCCAACGCAAAUUUACCACGAGAAACAGCGACGGGAACUGUGUGCUCUCCAUGCCUUGAAUAAUGUCUUCCAGGAUGCUGGAGCGUUCACUCGCGAAGCUCUUCAGGAGAUAUUCCAGAGAUUGUCCCCCAAUACGCUGGUGACCCCACACAAGAAAAACAUGUUGGGCAAUGGAAACUAUGACGUCAACGUAAUUAUGGCAGCACUUCAGACCAAGGGAUAUGAAGCUGUCUGGUGGGAUAAGAGAAGGGAUGUCUGCUUGAUCUCUCUUUCUAAUGUCACUGGGUUCAUUAUGAACCUCCCAUCAAGUCUGUCCUGGGGACCCUUAAAGCUCCCACUUAAGAGGCAGCACUGGAUAUGUGUGCGCGAGAUCAGUGGCACUUACUUCAACCUGGAUUCCAAGCUUAAGAGGCCCGAGCGGAUUGGAAGCGAUGAUGACUUAAGGAAAUUUUUACAACAUCAGCUAAGGGGCAAAAACUGUGAGCUACUCUUAGUAGUACCGGAAGAAGUUGAAGUUCAUCAGCGCUGGCGGACUGACCUGUAA